UUCUAGUUUCUACUACAUACGUACUGUGUCUGUUUUUCAUUUCACUUGUUCCUUUUUGGUUUUGUCUUCUUUAAGGAACAAGAUAGUUGAAAACAACAAUAUCUUAUCACCACCACUAACCACCUCCACCAAUUCUCGUUCAUGUUCACAUUCACAUUCACAUAAACAUAGCACUUUCAUUGUUUCAAAACAAAAAAUAAAACAUCAUCAUGAACAUGAACAUGAACAUGACAAUAAUUAUGAACAUCCUCGUCCUCAUCUUCACCACUCUCUUAACAACUUCCCACUCCGCCACGUGUCCUCUCAACUUCACCCUCUUAACCACCCUCAGCGGCGGCGGAGCCACCACAAAACCACCAUCUUCCUUCACCUCAACACCAUGCCAGUUCGUCCGGCAAGCUCUCCGCCUUGUCCAAUCCGACUACCUCCGCCGCACCGACUCUUUCAUCCCUCCAUCAAACUCCUCCACAACAUGCUGGGACUCUUUCCAAUCCUACAUCAACCAAUUCGAACCAACCUUCAACAUUCGUUCUUCUUGUGGCUUCCAAACUGAGUGGAUCUCACAAGGUUGUGUCAACGUUACUACAAGACAACAAUUUGAAGCACUUGUUCCUAAAUCCAAUAUUCAAAAUAUGCAAUCAAAUUGUAACCAAUCAAUUCAAGAUAACUCACCUUGUGCUCUUUGUACUACUAGUUUAUCUGGUUUACCUUCUCUUGGUCAACCUAUUGGUAAUUUAUCUGAUUGUACCGGUUAUCCUUCAAUUUAUGCUGCAGCUUUUGCAAAUCAAUUUGGACCGUCUGAUCCUGGUACCGUUAAGUGUUUAUUUCAACUUGAUUUUACUUCAGGAAGUUCAUCUGGUAGUAAGAAAAAGAUUGUUGCUAUUGUUGUUUCAAUUGUUUCUGUUUUGGUUGUGUUGUCGAUAGUUAUAGGGUUUUGGGCUUAUAGGAAAUUUAAUGAUAAGGCAAUUGGGGAUGGUAAGGAUCAUGGUGCUAAUAUCGGUGAGUCCGUUUCGGUUUCUGGGUUGGGUUCAAUGGAUAAUAGUACUACUUUGAUUAGGUUUACUAUUGAUGAUAUUAAGAAGGCGACGAAGAAUUUUCAUAGGGAUAAUAUAAUUGGGAAAGGGGGUUAUGGGAAUGUGUAUAAAGGGUUGUUGAAUGAUGGAAGUGAAGUUGCUUUUAAGAGGUUUAAGAAUUGUUCUGCUGCUGGUGAUACUAGUUUCACUCAUGAGGUUGAGGUUAUUGCUAGUGUUAGGCAUGUGAAUCUUGUUGCUUUGAGAGGUUAUUGUAGUGCGACGACGCGGUUAGAGGGUUACCAGAGGAUUAUUGUUUGUGAUUUGAUGAAAAAUGGGAGUCUUCAUGAUCAUUUGUUUGAAUCUAAUGGGGCGAAACUUAGUUGGCCGGCUCGUCAGAAGAUUGCUCUUGGAACUGCUAGGGGAUUAUCUUAUUUGCAUUAUGGAGCUCAACCUGCUAUCAUUCAUAGGGAUAUUAAAGCUAAUAAUAUACUUUUGGAUGAUAAGUUUGAAGCUAAGGUUGCCGAUUUUGGACUUGCAAAGUUUAAUCCCGAGGGAAUGACUCAUAUGAGUACUAGGGUUGCUGGAACUAUGGGGUAUGUUGCUCCUGAGUAUGCUUUGUAUGGACAAUUAACAGAAAGGAGUGAUGUGUUUAGUUUUGGUGUUGUGCUUCUUGAGCUAUUGAGUGGAAGAAAGGCUCUUCAAACGAACGAUGACGGACAACCUUCUGCUUUGACUGAUUGGGCUUGGUCAUUGGUUCGAACGGGAAAGGCAUUGGAUGUUAUUGAAGAUGGGAUGCCAGAACAAGGUUCAGAUCAAGUUCUUGAGAAGUAUGUGUUGAUUGCCGUGCUUUGUUCUCAUCCACAGUUAUAUGCUAGGCCAACAAUGGAUCAGGUUGUUAAAAUGAUGGAGACUGAUGAUGAAUUAGUGCCCGCGAUACCCGGACGGCCAAUUCCUCUUGUUGCGGGGAGACUUGAUAUUGAGAGAUCUGUUAGCGGAUUUGGCUCAGGUCAGCUCUCUAGUCCGACAGGUUAUCAAUCGUUCACGUUAGAAAUGGGAAGUGAACAAAUGGAAAGUGAACGCCAUUCUUCUAAUCAUUCUAGGGAUGAAAGAAGCUCUGCCUCUAGGAUUUUGAGUUCGGAUUUGGAUCAAUAACGGCAUGAUUUGUUUGUACAUUUACUGAAGCAAGCAUUUUCUGUUGCAUAUAUAUAGUGUCAUAUCAAAUGUACAUAUUUUGAAUAUUUUUUUGGAUUUUUUACUUAGUAGGAAUGAGAGUAUGAUCAAGUUUUGCUGAUUUGAGUGCCGGGUAUCGUAUCAUUUUAAGAAUCUUCUUAUACCACAAGUGAUGUUUCAUUUGUA